CCGCCCUUAAUCUUGCAGCCAUGUUGGUUGACACCGUUGAAGUUUCGCUAGAUGAAACUCUUUACGAGAUCUUAGAUUUGGACGAAGACGCGUCACUGGAUGACAUCAUUCGAGCGUAUCGUCAGCGAGCACUGGAGGAACAUCCUGACAAAGGUGGCGAUAAAGACCGUUUUGAUGAGCUCAACAAAGCCUACAAUGUGCUGAGUGAUCAGCAAAAGAGGCAAAGAUAUGACGAGAAGCUUGCGAAGGAGCGCGAGAGAGAAGAGCUCGUGGAAGGUGGCCGUGCCGGCUACUCCAAGCAGCAGCUGCAAGCGCCCCUCCGGGUGAAGACGGCACCUACGCCUGGAUCUAAGAGACAAGCACAGAUGCGCACGGCUCAGCCGGGCAAGCCUGGAUAUUGUGCGGCUGAAUGGAAAGGUCUGGGAUCUGGAAAGGACCUUCUAAAGAUGCUGACAGAUGACGUCACGGCCGAAGAGAAGACUCAGAAACUCUUGGAUCAAUACACGGCCCUGCCGCGCUGCAAAGAGAAACGUCAGGAAUGGGCGAGUGGCCUGAGAGGAAAAGACAAAUUUGAUCUGAAGGCUGCCGCGAAGAAGAAGGAGCAGCAGGAACGGGCCAAGUGGUCCGCGUGGCUCAGCAACGGGGUGGUGGCGGCCAAAGCCGAAGGCAAGGCCAAGGCCAAGGGCAAGGCCAAGGCCAAGCCGAAGCCGAAGCCUCAAGCGGAAACGAAGGAGCCAAAGGAGGAACCAAAGGAGGAACCAAAGGAGGUAUCCACAGAUGUACAGUCUCUAUCCCCGGACGCCGUCGCCCAAACGAGCUGACGCAAAGCGUCCGCUGGGCUGUGUCGCCCACUGCUCGCGACGAAACUAAGCCGAGCGGAAAAAGC